AGGAGCGGAAGUUAGCGUUCUGUUUAUCUCUGCUCCUCGGCUCCGUGUGAGCCACUGUCCUGCUGACACCGACCGACCAUGAUUUCCGCUCUGUGGCCUCCUCUCCUCCUCCUCGGCCUCUCCUGGGCCGUCCUCGGUUCCGCCUCCUCCUCCUGCCGGGUCCAGAUCCCUCCUCAUGACCAGGUGGCCCGGGUGGCCCGCUUCAUCGCCCACCAGUGUGACUGGGCCUCCAUGGCCACCAUCUCCAGCCACAAGCCGGUGGAGGGUCAGCCGUUCUCCAACGUCUUCUCGGUGAGCGACGGGCCUCCCGGAACCAGCUCCGGGGUUCCCUACAUGUACCUGACCCACAUGGAGGUGUCGGUCCAAGACCUGCAGGUGAACCCUCAGGCGUCCCUGGCCAUGUCUCUGGCCCAGACGGAUUAUUGCAAGCAGCAGGGCUUCGACCCUCAGAGCCCGCUCUGCGCUCACAUCAUCCUGUCUGGAUCCGUCGUCCAGGUGAACGGGACCGAGGCGGACUUUGCAAAGAAAGCUCUGUUCAGCCGACACCCAGAGAUGAUCGACUGGCCCACCGACCACAACUGGUUCUUUGCCAAGUUCAACAUCACUCAGGUGUGGGUGCUGGAUUACUUCGGCGGGGUGAAGACCGUCUCUCCUGACGAAUAUUUCCAGGCGGCGCCCCACAGGAAGCAUCACUGAGGGAAUCAACCUUUGACCCGGAGUGAUGAUGAUGAUGAAGGCGUCCUCAGCCAGUUCUCUUCUUCUCUUUCUCUUCAAAUUGUUCCACUUCUUCUUCUGACCAAUUCAUUAAUCAAUCAAUCAGAACUAAUGAAUUGGAGUCAAUUAAAUGGCUGCUGAAUCAAAAAUGAUAGAUUUUAAGUCAGAACAAUAUUCAUCUUUUUCAGAAAUGUUGCUAUAGACAUGAAUAAUUAAUUAUAUUUAAACAUUAAUAAACAUAAAAAAUAUUUUUUUAAACAAAAAAAAUGAUUUUAGGAAGUUGUAGUUCAGAACUUUCACCACUGGGGGGAGACAUUGGCCUAGACGCCAUUGAAGCACUUUAAAGAGAUUUAUUUAAAUAUUUGCUUUAAUAUUGGGGAUUAUUAUGAACCAAAGUGUUAAGAAGUUCUCUGACUGAUUCUUCUGGUUGACCUUUGUCCUUCUGAAUAUUAUUUAUUAGGUAUUGUGCAUUUUUCUUGCAGUAACUACAUUUCCCAUGGUUCAUAGCGAUAGGAAGGUGGAGCAUUAAUUAGGAAAUAUUAGUUUAGACUCAGACUAAAUUUCUUCACUUUAAACGUCUAAAUGUGAAUUUGUGAUCAUGUUUGUGUUUUUAUCUUUAACAAAAUGUCUCCACUUUUUCAUGAAGGGCUCAGAUCUGAUGUUUUAUCUUUUAAUAAACAGAAUAAGGCAAUAUUUCAGUGUGUUUGUCAGAAUAUAUUUUCAUACUUUUUUUAAAGAAAAUCAGAUGUAUUUUUAGAAAGAAAAAUAAAGAUUUUUAGCAGAAACA